AUGCAGAUACUAAACAGGGGCAUCCCUUUCUUGUCUCGAGCUUUAGCUUUGAGGUCUUUUAAUCGUUUCAAUUCCACGUAUGCGUCGGCGGUUCCUUUAAAUGCGUCAAAGUUAGUCAUCGAAAAGACAACUACACCCAAGGCCAAAAUUCCUAAAAAUGAGUUGGUUUUUGGGAAGACGUUUACUGAUCAUAUGCUAGAAGUUGAAUGGGAUGCUAAAUCGGGCUGGGGAGUUCCCAAGAUUUUGCCAUACCACAAUUUGUCACUUGAUCCAUCUACUAUUGUCUUUCACUAUGCUUUCGAACUAUUUGAAGGAAUGAAGGCGUACAAGGACAAACAAGGCAACAUUAGAACCUUCAGAGGGGAUAAAAAUAUGACAAGAAUGAACAAGUCUGCUGAAAGAAUUGCUUUGCCACAAUUUGAAGGGGAAGAAUUGCAAAAAUUGAUUGAUCAAUUGUUGAUUCUUGAUCAAGAUUUUGUUCCUGAGGGACAGGGAUACUCGCUAUACAUUAGGCCUACUUUGAUUGGAACCUCUGCAUCUUUAGGUGUCAGUACUCCGGAUAAAGCUUUGUUGUACGUGAUUGCAUCGCCUGUUGGUCCUUAUUAUUCCAGUGGGUUUAAGCCUGUCAGUUUGGAGGCCACUGACUAUGCUGUAAGAGCAUGGCCAGGAGGUGUUGGUGAUAAGAAAUUAGGAGCAAAUUAUGCUCCUUGUGUUUUGCCGCAAUUGCAAGCUGCCAAAAGGGGAUUCCAUCAAAACUUGUGGUUAUUUGGUGAUGAAGGUUUCAUUACCGAAGUUGGUACUAUGAAUGCCUUUUUUGUAUUCAGCGACCCAAUUAGCGGCAAGAAGGAGUUAGUUACCGCCCCCCUUGAUGGUACAAUUUUGGAAGGAGUAACCAGAGACUCGAUUUUGGAGUUGGCCAAAAACAGACUACCAAGCGAUGAAUGGGUUAUAUCCGAACGAAAAUUUACUAUUCACGAAGUGAAGGAAGCUGCUGAACAGGGAAACUUGGUCGAAGCAUUUGGAGCAGGUACUGCUGCUGUUGUGUCACCUAUAAAAAACAUUGGUUUCAAAGGUGAAGAUAUCCCUGUUCCAGUGUCUUUUGGAAAUUCUGGAGAAUUGACUGCCCAAGUAGCUGAAUGGAUUAGAAAGAUACAGUAUGGUGAAGAGGAGUACAAGGAUUGGUCGAGGGUAGCAAAAUAG